UUAGAAUGUUCUUUUAAUUUGUCACGUGGUCAACAUUGCGGGAAAUUCAAUCAACAGACAAACGAUGGCGUCCACAACAUUGCAACCCCAACAAAAAGAAACUGAAAAUAUUCCAGCAGUUAUUAAAACCAACAGUAAAGCAAAGGACUUAACCAGACUAAAUCAGAAUGAAAGCAGAAAAACACUUCAGACUCUCCAGUAUUCAACAGGAGCUCCAAUAUCCCCAAUUAGAAAAAUUGUUAAACCACAGAAGAAAAAUUUGAUACAGAAAGUUCAAAAGCCAAUUACAAUAUUUGUAGACCCACCAAAGAAAAAGUUAGAUGACAAAGCUAGUCAGACAGAAAAGUCACAAAAUGGUUCAGAAGCUUAUAAUAUGCUGGUGUCAGAGGAGAUCCCUGAAACCUACUGGAAAGACUUAGCAGAAGAAAGGAGGAAAGCUUUAGAUGAAUCACUACAUGAAAAUGAGCAGUUGCAUAAAGAAGUGACUGAACUGAAAGAUGAGAAUGACAAGCUGUCAAAAGUGGCUAGUCAGGCUGAGUACUUUGCAAACGUUCUCAAAGAAGUGUUAGGUGCUGACGAAGAAGACAAAGAUGACCAGAAUGUGUUAGAUAGUACUGACAAUAAGGAAGUGAAAUCUGAUAUUUGUGACAAACUAGGAUGUGAACUGUUGGAUAAGAGUGAAAAAGACCUGGACUCAAAUGAAAAAUCACAUAAAUCUGAAGAAUCAGUAUCUACACACUUAGUAGAGAAUUCUACUACAGAAACUGAAGACCAGAAACCCACAGAAACAAAAUUGGCAUCAGAGGACAGUUCAGCAGAUAGCUAAAGAUUGUCAGUGCAGCUCAAAGUGUUUUUUUACUAGUCUCAGGAAAUUGUACAAUAAAGAUUUUAUUUUUUAGCAAAUGUUAUCAGUAGAUGCAUCUAAAUUUUAAAGACCAGAACAAAAUUGUAAUGUACAUGUUAUUUUUGUUGUCAAAAUUAGAAAUAUUUAAUUAUGCCCCCAAAUUAAAAAGGACAGGUUGUAAAAACCUUUGUCCCCAUGAAAUUCCCCUCCCCCUCUUUUUUUCUUAACUUCAAGUCAGGGCUUCCUAAAAUUUUGUAUCAACUCUGUGAGCAGUUCAUACUGCGUAAAGCAUUAUUUUCCUUUAUUCACCCUUAUCAACUUACUGGACCUGUAUUUAUAUUUUCUACUAACCCUCAGGUCAUGCAUGUUUGACAUUUUCAUCACAUUUAUUUAUUUUUUUAAUUACAAACCUCUGUCAAAUUCAAAAUUUGAUAUCAAGCUUCAUAAGAGUAUGAUAUAUAUAUAUAGAUUCCUACACUGCAACAAGUGUAUAACAAUAUUUCUCCACUCUAGACAGUUAAGUUUUAUUAUUUAAAGCAUGAGGCUUGCCAAGGUUUUUUUAAUAAUUUUGAUUUAACUGUCGAGAGUGGAGAAAUAUGGUAAUACACAAGUUUUAGUGUUUGAAUCUGUUUCUCUGAUGACUUUUUGUACUUCUUUUUUAAAGAUUUUCAGAAACUUGUGUUCUUUAUAUGCAACGUCAUCAGGCAUGGUUGCCUUUUUUCAUGACAUCACAAUAGGAAUUUCAGAAGAAAACAAAACAUAUUGACGUCCUAAUCCUAUUUCGACUAAUCAUUUGCAGAGAACAGAUUUCUCACCAGUGAGAAGAAAUAUUUUUCUCUCACUGGUCAGGAAAUGUAAAAAUAGCACAAAAAUUAGAGAAACUGUUUUCUCUAAUUUUUGCACUAUUUUCACAUUUUUGACAGGUGUGAGAAAAAUAUUUCUCCUUAAUAGUGAAAAAUUUGUGACGUUAAAUAAUUUUUUUUUGUUUCUUCUGAAUUUUCCUAUUGUGACGUCAUGAAAAAAGUCAACCAUAUGUCUGAAGACGUCACAUAAAAAGUACACAACUUUCUCCAAAUCUUUAAAUAGGAAGGAUACAAAUCAAUAAAGAAACAGAUUCCACCACUCUAACUCAUGAAUUACAAUAUUUCUCCACUCUCAACAGUUAAAUUCUAUUUAAAAAGCUCAGCAAGCCUCGCACUUUGAAUAUUAAAAUUAUACUGUCCUGAGUGGAGAAAUAUCGUAACACACUUGAUGAGUAGUGGAAUUUAUAUUAAUGCCUAUUCACAUCCAUUUCUCCACUUACUAUUUACCAAAUACUUAUAGCAGGUUAUAAGUAAGGAACAGAUAUUAAUUUUUGUUCAUUUGUGAAUUUAUAAAACUUUCUUGAAGUUGAAAAAAAUAGAACUCUAACAUUUGUUUAUAAUUGAUAAGGGUAAAAUUCAUGGUCAGUGGUAGACAAAUUAAUAUAAAUUUUAUGGUAUAUAAUUUGUUUCCCUUAGUAUGUGAUUGGUGCUAAUAGUAAGAAACUACAUAACAUAAAAUUGAAUGUAUUAAAACUAAAUGUAAUUUGAUUUAUAUGUGAGAAAAGUAUUUAUUUUGCUAUGUUUAAAAGUAAAAGAGUUUAGUCUUUGUUUGUAAAUUGUAUGUGUGGUAAUAUGGUGUAUGUAUUUGAAACUUGGUAGAAUAUAUAUGUCAAUUAUAAGCGAUUUACUUGAUGUUGUGAGUCUGACUGGUGAGCAGUGACAUACUGUAUGGUAUUUUUAAAUAAUUGUGUUAUUUUAAUUGUAUUAAAUUAACUGGUUCUUGUUAACUGCUGUUUUUGAAACAAUUUGUAAUGAUGUUAUAGCUAUAUAUGUAAUAAUUUGAAAAAUUGAUGGCUUGCAAUAUGUUAAUUGCUUUUAAUGCCCCUGUCGUAGAGAACAAAGCAUUUAGUGUUACCCUUUACAGUCCUUUCAUUUACUUUACUUUGGCAUUGUUUGGUCCUGCAUCUAUUUCAAAAAAUUUAAAUAAACAGAUGAAAAGAAAGAUUGAUUAAAAAGAAGCACUGUUUAGAAAUAUGUCCAUUUAUUAAUUUUAUGUAUUAUUGAAAUGCAUGUUAACAUUUUUACUAACAUGAACAUUGGUCUGUUAGGAAAUAAAAGAGUGCCUAUUAACAUAUUUAAUGACUAAAAUUACAUAUUGUAACAAAAUGGGCAGGUAUAAAACACAUAUUUUAUAUUCCAGUUAAAUGUAAUUAUUUUAUAUUUGUGUUUUGUAUCUACAAAAUGUAUGUAUGUAAUUUCAAACCUACUGAAAUUGUUGUUCUUUCUUUUUAAUAUUGUAACUUGCAUAUAUAUUUUACAUUUCAAAUUAAAAAAGUCACUUUGUUGUUA